GAUAAUAAAUCUUUAUUCCCGUAAUACCGUGUGCAUGGUUGAAACUUGAAAAGUGAUUACUUGAAUAAUCGUACGAAUUUAGUCGCUAACUCGCCGUCCGCGGUUCAUACUUAAUUAAUAUACCUAUUUCCCCUUGUUACCCUUUUGACUAAAAAGUUUACCAAAUUAUUCAAUAUGAGAUUGACGGAUGUGCUCUGGACCAAACUACCAAGGGGUCAUAUUUUCAAAGGUAAACAUCGUCUGGUCAAACCGGUUACUGGCUUAGAUAUACAUAAAAAACUUAGAGAUCUUCAACGAGAAGAACAAAACAUGUUUUACCUUCGGCAUUCAUAUUUGACCAAGGAAGAGUCAUAUGGGCAUUCACAAGAACAAGGUCGCUUUGAAAAAUGGAUGAGGAAAUGGAAAGUGUUACAAUCGGAAAAAUUUGGAAAACACAAGUCAAUGGAAAAUCACUUAAGUCAUCUUAGGUCAACGGAUGGAUGGGAAAGUUACUAAGAGCUUCCAAAAAAAAUAUUUAAUUAUUAGAUUCUUUAUAACUUAGUUUGUAUGUUUACUUUAACGUCUGUGAAUGUAUGAAGGAAAAAAAAUGUAAAAUAAAUUAAUGUGAUUAUAAACAUUUAAAUACAUA